CCAAAAAGUGACGUGACACGGUUUCACGAAAACAAGUUGCGCGCUCCGCUCUGAAGACCUCAACACGAUUUCCAACUAUUUCCUUUACUAAAAUGUUAGAUGUUUACCUCGGUGUUUGUCACAUCUCUAGCGAUAUGGUAGUUCUACGCCGAGUUGUCUUGAUAAAUUUCGCAUUUUAAAGAUCCGGAGAAAACUGAAGAAUAGAUUUCGACAUUUUACGCCGACGACUUCACUGAAUCCAACAGAGAAUGUGGACGAGAGGGCUAUUUUUCACCUCCCAAUCGGUAAUAUAGGAUACAACCCGUAAACAGUAGUCAUGAAAUACUUUUUUUUUGGUACAAUUUUGACGAUAUACAUGGCAAAUCGCCUCAAGACUUUAUUCGAGCCGGACGGUGAAGGCACUUUGAUCUCCGACUUGUCUUCCACCUCGACGAGGACGCUGUUUUAUUACGAUAACAUCAGCCGUAUACCAGUUGUGAAGCUUGCAAAGCUUAAUGGAGUUCGAGUAGGUCACAAGAAGCUUCUUAAUCUUGAGGAGGGCCAGACCCAUCAUAUGAUCACAAGAAGUCUGAGGCCAUUAAUGUUUGAAGUCCCACACUUUUUGUCUGACGCUGAGUGUGACCACAUCAUCGAAAUAGCCAGUGAACAGGAGUUUGAAGAAAGUAUGACCACAAAUAGCUGUGCUUCAAAAGAGGCUGAAGGCAAGGAGAUUCAAGCAGACGAGGACUGCAAUAACCUUAUACGUGACUUUGAUUCAGACUCUGAUGGGCAAAUUUCUCCAUAUGAGUUUAACCUUUACAUUGAAGAGUACUCAUCAGUGUAUCGCUAUUAUCUGGAAGACAUAAAAAGAAUGUGGGAAGUAGGGAAUGUGGAUACCAACCAUGACGGGUUCCUUGAUUUAAAUGAGUGUAUCAACGCCGAUACGUCAGCACUUGAAGAACUCUUAACAGAUUAUGAGAAGAAUCCAACAUAUCGCGCCAGAUAUAGUGAUCAUACCUGGCUGCCUGUCGAUAAUGUCAUUGACUCUACCCUAAAGCGUAUACAACAAAGGCUAUCCAAGCUGAUCCAGAUGCCGAUUGAGAUCCUAGAGAAGAGCGAGGAGAUGCAAGUUGUCAAAUACGAGGAGUCUGGUCAUUUCCACGCCCAUUAUGACUCCAAAAGGGGCACACCGGUGAAUGAAACGACGUUGCCCUGCUGUCCUCUCACUAAGUUUCUUAAUGGUGACUCGGAGCUAAUACGUCCAGACGGAAAAUGUCACCUUUGCAGGUUUAUGUCGGUGGUGUAUUACCUGAAUGACGUCACUGCUGGUGGCGAGACUGCAUUUCCUGUAGCUGAUAACGAGACUUUUGAUGAUGAGGAGCUGAAACGACAAGGUAUAGUCAACCUAAGCAAGUACUGUAACAAGUCCAACGUCAUUAUGAAACCAGCCAAAGGCACAGCAAUCUUCUUUUACAAUCACCAUAUUGACCAGGAAACUGGCCAGAUCGGGCCAGUAGACAAGUACUCCCUGCAUGGUGGUUGUGAUGUCAAGGAGGGGAGCAAGUGGAUCGCAACUACUUGGGUCAAUAUACCGCAUUUCAUAAGACGAAAAAUACAGGGACAUGGACUUCCAUGAUACAUGUAUCGGCAUCUGAUAUUGCACAGGGGCCAGGUGAAGGCGUGGCUGUGGGCGCUGAAGCCCUUAACACUUUUAUUUGGGCAUUUCGUACCAUGUUUUUAUUGGUCAUUUUCUUAGGUUUGGGUGUAACCCCCUAUUCCAACUCACACCCUCUUCUUUAUUAGAAGCUCCUCAGCCCGUAAAAGAGAAAUAACAAGUCUCAUUUUGAUAAGGAUUACAGAAGGGAUGGAGAAGGAUAAAAUUUUAUUGAUUUGACAAGCUCUUAUUUAUUGAUGGUGUAUGUAAAACUAUACUUGGUCAAAUGUCGCGUCUGUUUAUAAUGAAUAAAAAAGCAUUUUGUUCGCUAAAAA